AUGGUCCCUGAACCUUACUCACUGCAACAUCCUUCCGAAGACGUCUUCGAUGAGAUUCCCGUAAACGACUUGGCUUAUCAAAACCUAUCAGAUAGCCGUAUCCCCCACGGUCGCUUCCUUGGCAUGUUCUUGCUCGAAUACCGCACUUCUGAGGGUAUUCUUGCAUACCAGCCGUGUUCCAGCAACAUCGAUCAACUGGGAAUAUUCAAGGCUCUGCGCCCUUUGGAUCGAAAUGGAGACCUCGCCUUUUGCACCGCCCGAGAGUGGUCAUGCAUUAUUCAAAGCAUUAGUCAAAUUCCAAAGGAUGUCAGAUGGGUUCUUUCUACCAUUUACAACCUCGCCAAUGAGGGGCUCCGACCCGAAAACGACAAGAACACGCUCUGGGGUAUACGGGCCCGACUGUUCCAUUGGUACGACGUGGCCGACGAACUCUUCCAGUACUACGGAAUUCCUGCCACGACCCCAGAACUGGAUUGGUUCCAAACGCCCACUGUUGCGAAACUGAAAGAACCGAAGGAGAACGAAGGUCUUGUCGUCCUUGGCCAGAGCCAGACUCGGUCAUCCUGCUCAUCCGUGACUCGUGGUGACUCUAGUCUACCCAAACUCGUUCAGCAUGAACCUCCACCAAUGGUUGUUCAGCAGCGGCCAGUUAUUGAAGGAACUGAACCUCGUAUGCUCACCUCGACAGUUCACACUUGGUUAUAUGACCAACCAGGCCAGAUGGAUUCUGUUAGACACGAGCCCGAGUCUUUCGACGCGACUCCUGAAGGAGUAGGUUACGGGAGAGGAGUAGCCAGCUCCCAGCACAACCAACUUCCAAACUCGCAUGCUACUGGAUCGGAUGCAUUGGCAGUGGAGAACGGUCCAAGGAUGGCUCAUACCGGAAGUUACGAGAGAGGAGUAGCUAGCUCCCAGCACAACCAGCUUCCGAAUUCGCAUGCUACUGGAUCGGAUACAUUGGCAGCAUCGAGAACUCCGAGGAUCGUGCAUACCGGAGGUUGCGAGAGCGGAUUAGCCAGCUCCCAGAACAGCCAACUCCCGAACUUGCAUGCUACUGGAUCGGAUACAUUGGCAGCGUCGAUAGCUCCAAGGAUCGCUCAUAUCAGAGGUUGCAUGGCGAAGCUAGAGAGAGUGUCCCGUGGGGUUGAGGAGAUGUUUGAGAGAUACGGCGAAAAUUACACGUUGCACAGAUAA